AUGGCAGCUUUCAAGAAUCUUGCUCUCUUCUUGUCUCUCACGUUGCUGAUCUCAGCCAAUAUUUCAACUGCAGCUAGGGACAUUCUCAUUAACAAACCAGGCUUCAACAGCCUUUCAGCAAGACUUGAAGACGAGGGCAGCCUUGUGGAGUGCUGGAGUGCACUCGUGGAGAUAAAAUCUUGCACAAAUGAGAUUGUCUUGUUUUUCAUGAAUGGCCAGGCUGAUAUUGGCCCUGACUGUUGUCGCGCUAUUCAUACUAUCACUCAUAAUUGCUGGCCUGCCAUGUUUACUUCUCUUGGCUUCACAGAUGAGGAAGGAAACAUACUUAGAGGAUACUGUGAUGCUUCUCCUAAUCCACCUUCUAUUUAUUUUAGUCCUGCUUCUGCUCCUUCACCUCUUGCUGCUGGCGCUCCUGCUCAAUAUCAACCUAUGCUGAUUUAA